UGGUUCCUGCAAUCGCAUCGGCUCCACGGUACACGGAAAGCACCGGCCCAGUUCCUGCUCCCAACCAACGAUUCCAUUUCUAAGCCAUCAUGUCGAGCUCUGUUGGGUCCAAUCUCAGUGCCUCUUCAUUCACCCUGAUGGGGAUCCCAGGGAUGGAGGAGCGACAUCUAUGGAUCUCUCUGCCGCUCUGUUCUAUGUACAUCCUGACCAUCCUGGCCAAUGCUUCGGUCCUGCUUAUCAUUAAGGCGGACAGCAGCCUCCAUCACCCCAUGUACCUCUUCCUCUCCAUGUUAUUAUUCACUGACCUCGUCCAGUCUAACGCUGCUCUUCCUAAAAUGCUCUUACUCUUCUGGUUCAACCAUCGAGAAAUCUCCUUUGAAGGAUGCCUCGUUCAGAUGUUCUUCAUACAUUCGUUCUCCAUCAUGGGAUCGACCGUCCUCUUGGCCAUGGCUUUUGACCGCUAUGUGGCCAUUUGCCACCCUUUACGGUAUUCCACCAUCCUAACACACCAGAUGGUCAUGAAACUAGGGCUAGUAGUGGCCCUGAGGGGCUCCCUCUUUAUAAUGCCUCACCCCUUCUUGGUCAGGAGACUUCCGUUUUGUGGGAGUCACGUCAUCCAACACACUUACUGCGAACACAUCGCGGUCGCCAAGCUUUCCUGCGCGGAUAUCCGCGUAAACAUAGUGUACGGUCUGCUGGUGGCCGUGCUGGUGGUGGGACUGGAUUCCAUGUUCAUUGCUGUGUCUUACGCCAUGAUCAUCAUGGCUGUCCUCAGACUCCCAUCCGGAGAAGCCCGGCACAAAGUAGGCAGCACUUGUGGCGCGCAUGUAUGCGUCAUCCUCAUAGCGUACAUCCCAGCGCUCUUUUCCUUCAUAUCUCAAAGAUUUGGGGCUAACACAGCAUCCUCUACUCAAAUAAUACUGUCCAACCUGUACCUGAUCAUCCCCCCAAUGCUCAAUCCAAUUAUAUACGGCAUAAAGACCAAGGAAAUCCGUAACAACGUCCGGAAAUGGUUUUCACCUCCAAAAAACUGGCGUUGUGUAGUUGGCAACCAGGAUAUCCGUAUCACUAUGGAAACGCUAAACACAACCCGACUCCAGCCAGAUUAUUUGGUUCUGAAGGGGAUCCCGGGCCUGGAGGACGUCCACCUCCUCCUCUCCAUCCCGUUCUGCUCCAUGUACCUUUUGUCUCUCGUCGGAAACUCGGUUUGUAUUCUUGUCGUUCUGUGUAACGAGAGUCUCCACCGCCCCAUGUACAUCUGCCUGCUCAUGUUAUCCUCCGUGGACAUCCUCCUGUCCUCUUCGGCUGUUCCCAAAACUCUCGGCAUCUUCUGGUUUCACUCCCACCAGAUAUCGUUCGAUGGUUGUGUCACUCAGAUAUUUUUCAUCCACUCCCUGUUUGGUUUGGAGUCGUCCGUUCUUCUCAUCAUGGCCUACGAUCGGUACGUCGCGAUCUGCUGCCCGUUAACGUACACGACUAGCAUGACAAACUCAUCCAUACGUCGCAUGGCGGCCAUCCUGGUUUCCCGGGGCUUGUGUUUGAUGAUCCCCAUCAUCGUUACUCUUAAAUUGUUGCCGUAUCAGCAGAGCAACGUCAUAGAGCAUUCGUACUGCGAGCACAUGGCGCUGGCCAGGCUGGCCACCGCAGACAUCACUUUCAACGUCGUCUAUGGUUUGUUCGCCAUUUUUGCUUCUCCUGUCGCAGAUCUCGUCCUCAUCGCCGUAUCAUAUUGUUUCAUUAUCCGGGUUGUUUUCAAACUCCCGUCUACAGAAGCUCGGUUCAAAGCCUUCCGUACAUGCGUGUGCCACGUCUGUGUUAUAGUCACAUACUAUGUGCCGGCUUUCUUUUCGUUUAUCGCAUACAGGUUUGGGGAUAAGUCUAUCCCUCUCUGUGUCCACAUUCUCCUGGCCAACCUCUAUAUCCUCCUCCCACCCAUGAUGAACCCCAUUAUCUAUGGAGUGAAGACCAAAGAAAUUAGGCAGAAGGUGCUUAACAUGUUAUGCCUCAAAAGAGUUCAGCACUAA